AUGAGCACCAGAACUACAAACCACGACGAGUCGAUACGAUCGGGGCAGAGUGAGACACAAAACUAUUGGGGCUUCGCCAAUUUUCCGAAUCAAGUGUUCCGUCGAGCCGUUAAGAAUGGUUUCGAUUUCACGCUGAUGGUUGUUGGUCGCAGUGGUCUCGGAAAAUCGACAUUUAUCAACACCCUGUUCCUUGCCGAAAUUAACAAUUUAAACGAGCAAGAUUUGAUCUGCAAAGAUCCACACCCAUCAACAGUUCGUGUCGAGGAGAAGCUGGUGAAGCUGGUGGAGAACAGUGUGUCACUCAAUUUAACACUUGUCGACACUCCGGGUUUCGGAGACGCUGUGAAUAAUUCAAAGUGCUGGGAGCCAAUUGUGAACUAUGUGGAAAGCAAGUUCUUCGAUCAGUUCUGUGAGGAGACUCGAAUCGACAGACAAGAGAAAUUCGUCGACAAAUGUGUACAUCUCUGUCUCUACUUCAUCGAACCAUCUGGUCAUGGACUCAAAGCGAUUGACAUAGAAUUGAUGAAGAAUCUCCAUGGACGUGUGAAUAUUGUUCCAGUUAUCGCCAAAGCCGAUUGUCUGACACGUGAAGAGCUUCGUCGUUUCAAGCAGCAAAUUGUGAAGGAUGCAGAGGCAGCUGAGAUUCAGUUGUACAAGUUCCCAGAGUUGGAGGAUCCUGGCACUGACAAGAUGACUGCUGAGAAACUCAAAAAGACACUUCCAUUUGCCAUUAUUGGAUCGAACGCUCUGAAAGAACAACAUGGACGACGCAUUCGAUACAGAGAGUACCCAUGGGGAACCGUGGAGGUUGAGAAUAUGGAUCACAACGAUUUUCUGACACUUCGUGAUAUGAUUAUUCGAACCAAUUUGAUUGAUAUGAUCGAUGUGACUCGCAAUGUGCAUUACGAAAACUUCAGAUUCCGACAAAUGGAAGGUCUGCCGAAAAAUGAAAAGAAUCGUGACCCAUUCACUCAUUUCGAAGAAGAGCGACGCACAAAAGAACGCGAUUUAGCUGACAAACGACAUACGCUUGAUAGAGUAUUCGCUGAGAAGACGUCGGCUCGAAGACACCGCCAUGAUGCAAGAAUGUUGCUUCUGGAAGAGGCAGAGAAGGAUCACAAGCAGAUGAUCGAAGCAAAACGUGCUGAAAUCCAUCGUCUCCGUCAUGAAAUCGCUGAUCUUCGAAGCGGCAACCUGUCAUCGUCGCAAACCUCGCUUUCAAUGUUCAAUGAGAAUAAUAGCCAAAAUUCGACGUUGAAUUGUACUUCGAAGUCGUCACACAGCCCACCACCUACUGGAACGAUGAAAAAGCGAAUGGGAGCAUUGGGAAUCUUCAAUCGGAACUAA